UUUUUUUUUUUUUAUUUCACCUCCUCUCACAAAGGGGAUACGCGCGUCUGAAAUUUAAACAUCUCACGAGCCCAAUUACUCCCGGACCGCAGAGCAGCACGGGUUUCUUUGUGCGAGAGAGUUGGUUCGCGUGCAUUUUUUAAUUUUUUUAUUUUGUUUGCAGCUAUAUUGUUUAUUCCAGAAGGAUCUCGCUCUAUUUUAACGUUAAUUAAACACAAAAGCCGACUCGCCUCUGCGUCGGAAAAGCGCCUGCGCUCGCGGUUUGCAGAUGGUGCGCGUGUGGGCGUCUUACCUAUAUAAGCAUGCAAUAUGGGAUAAAAGGGACAUGCGAUUUAAAAGUCGAGUUCGAUCAAUCAUCGCGUAUCGUAGACGCGUAGGCCCGACUGCAUUCCCGGCGAUAUAGCCGCGUUAUUGUUUUAGGAAAUCUGUGUCGGCAGUAAUUGCGCGCUCGUUUGCAUAUAUGCUAAAAGUAGCUGACUCGCGCGUGUGUAUAUAAAAAAAAAACGAGGAGUGCGAGGAAUCGAUCGGAAUAUAUUAUUAUUAUUUUUAUUCGAUCGAUAUAACGUUGGGUAUAACAGAAGACGGCGUUGUUCGCGCACGCGCGGCCGCGAUUUUUCAUCAGCGGAUCGCAGCACACAGACUCCUCGUUGUGCGAGAGCGUAAUCCUAAAAAGCGAAUUUAUGCUGAAUCGUCGGGGGGUCUCUGAACUCGGCGGUAAUUUAACGCCUGUCCUCUUGUACAUAUACUACUGUUAUAUUCGGAGUCGAAAAUUUCUCGGCGCAUCGAUCUCCCGGCAAUUUGUCCUGCUCGGUGUCAUUGUCGAGUACAGCGAGUAGCCUCCGUGAAAGGAAUCCAAGAGCGCUCCUUCCUCUUCUUUAUAUAUAUAUAUAUAUAUAUCGGGAGGCGGCGUGAAAGGUGUAAUUUCGGAAUUCCAGCUCCGGCGGGGUCGCAGAGGGGUUCCGGCCUCGAGAGAGAGAGAGAGAGUGCAUCAAAAGUCGCUUUUUUAAAGCUACAGCUCUUAUACGCGAUCUUAGGUUUGUCGUAAGAGCGUAUCAGCGGGUGAACGAGCCUAAUUAUCGAAUACUCGAAAAAUCCAUUAAUUGCCAAACUCGAUAUAUCUAGGAUUCUCCCACGCACUUAUACAGGCAGAGUCUGCGCUUUCGCUCUUUCCCAAAGAGCCUAACUUGAAUGUACAACAAUCGAAAAGUCCAUUGUGCGCGCGACGAACCGCUGGCUUCCUAUGGGAAACGAUAGAAAAAUAGAAAAAUCUCUCGGCUCAGGUAUAGCUGUGCGGGCGCUAGAAUAAUAUGAAAAGGACCGCUUGGCGCCUCUUCUCGGACUCGCUCACGACUGCUGUCCUUUCUUCUCCCGAUUUCGAGAAGCCAAUCGGACUCUGCAUACGAUUAUCGCGGCUCUCGUUCAUAAUUCAUGCCGGAACAUCGAGGGAGCCCCGAAUAAACUUGUAAAACUGACAAAAUCAUCCACGGGACGUAUAUACAUUCCCGUCGCGUCGCGCUGCGGAAUAACAAUAAAUAGCUUCCCUCGCGUUCGGACGCGUCGCGCAUUAGAAUCGGCAUCAUCCCUUUCUCCUCUGGAUUCUUCAAACGAGCAACUUAUAUCUCCCGAGAAACGCAUGUCUGCAUUAAUAAAAUUGGGGAAAUGAAAAAAAAAAAAAUAAUAAAAACAAAAUAAAACCGCACAAGAGGAAGUCUGUGACCGCAGAGAGCAGAGUUCUCUCAAAGGGCCGUCAUGCAGACGCCCCCGCUCCAGCGCGGAAGGUCGCUUUCCUUCCACCGCUCGAAGCGCCGCCGCCGCUAGUCAGUCGAGCCUCAGCGCUGCGAGAGUCAACAUCGCGUCCUUCGCACUCUCUCUCCCCACUAUACGCAAUUCUGUUUACAGUGCGAGCAGUGAUUCUCCCGAGUGCCCGCGGAGAUAAUACGAGCUGUAGAGAGUGUGCUGCGUUCGCGCGUUUACCUCCGAGGAUAUUAAAACAAAGAAAAUAGUGCGUCAGUGAACCCGCGAGGAUGGAUAGCCGCCGCCGUUGUUCGAUGCCCCUUGUUUGCCCGGCAAACACGAGGCCCGUGCAUUGACGACGUCUGCAGCACCAGCAGCCAGUUACCUACUUGCGCAUUCGCGAGACAGACGGAAGGUGAAAAAGAAGCCGGAAAAUCAGAGGGAGCUCGAGUGGCACAUCUCUCGCGUCAGAGCUGAAGAUGCUGAAGCACGUGGCUGCCUCGCCGUGGCGGGGACGAGCGGACAGCGUGAGCCUCGCCUCGAGCGGAGGGGCUAGUAGCUGCGGAAGCGGAAGCCCCGUGCCCGGACAGACGCCGCCGCCCUCGAGAGCCUCGUCCUGCGCCUCUCUCGCGCCACUCACCGGCCUCUCCAGUUUCUCCUCGGCGGACUUGCAGCAGCGGCAGCCCCAGCAGACGACGAUCAAGGUGUACGCCAACUGCCUACGGCCGGACAUCGAGUACAAAACGCUGAGCAUCACGUACGAGACGACCUGCCGGCAGGUGGUCCAGAACCUGCUGAACAAGUACAAAAUGCGACACCGGGACUCCCGGCUGUUCUACCUGACGAUGGAGGUGACAGUGAGAAGGGCCAACGUUCGCACAGUUCUGCCCCUCGACGAGGACGCCAGACCCGCCGUGCUCCAGUCCUGCCAUCCGCGCGGUGAUUCCAGAUUCUCCCUGCAGACUCGCCGCGGCGGACUCGUCAAGGUCUACGACAGCGCCCUCAUGUCCGGGUCCAAGUACAAAAGCCUGCUGAUCUCCGAGAAGACGACGGUCGACGAGCUGAUCCAGAUGUUGCUGAGCUGCUACAACUCGAGCGAGCGCGUCGAGCAGUUCUCCCUCUACGAGGUCAGCGAAAGCGAGGAGUACCAGAGGAAACUCCACCCGGACGACUCCCCGCUGAAGGUGACGCAGCGCUGGACCAGCGCCGACCUCCACUUGAGGAUCAGGCGCAACCCCGACUACAAUCCGCACAGGCGGAUGAGCAUGUGGGCGUCGGACUCGAGCAUAACCCUGGCGAUGUCGCGGCUCCAGCUGCACCAGAGUCCCCACCGCCACCACCACUACAUCGCCCAGAAGACCAACAACAACAACAACAACAACAACAACAACCUCCUGAGCUGUCGACACGGCCACCUGCACAGCCACGUCCACAACCAUCCGACCAGUCACCCUCACGGACAGUCCAAAAACGACAACAACAACAACAACGGAAAGUCCGGCAGCCAGAGCCACCUGCACCAGCAGCAGCAGCAGCAGCAGUCGAGGCCGACGUCGCAGAUACAACUGCAGCAGUCGAUCAAGAGCCUUCCAUCCACGCCGCUGGCCACCAAACACAUCUCCACCAGUUCUUACGCCGACUACGAGAACUACCUGUUCAUUUGAGCGACGGUCCGCGAACGCUCCUCGACCUCGCGCAGACAGUAUUUCCAACGAAUUUCCUCCUUCUAGAGCUCCGGCGCGCAUUUCGUUUUCUUUAUUCUCUGUAAAUAGUUUCGCGUAUUUUACCAAAGAUCUAAUUGUAUAUCGUAUAGACGAGUCGAGCGCGCGGAGCCAGCUUUCUUCUGGACAAGUAUAAUUUAUUGAAAGUCUCGAAAUUCGUGUAUUUAUUUAGUCACUUAUACGCAGGCUGCGUCAAAGGCACGUCCGGCCGCGAGAGGAGCUGCUUUUGUAAAAUACUUCACGAGAACGCAAUGAACCAAAGAGAAGAGCAUAUAGCCGUAGGUUUGUACCAGCGAACGGGAAAAAACAACGCUAUUGUCACUGCCACUUUUGCACGCAUUAAUUCUAUAUCGAUGGUGUCCUGUACAACAGUAUACGUAGAAUGUAGUUGAUGUGUACGCGUAGGUGAAAACUGUAUACCCACAACGAAUUCGCGAGCACAGAGAUAUCUGUGUGCCAUCGAAUUGCAUAAAAGUAUAGAAUUAUGUUAUAAGCUAACGAAAAUCGACACUCUGCGCGCCAUUCGAAGAAUGCGCGCGCGCGAGAUAAUAUUGUAAAUAUGAUCGUACCGAGAGUAUAUAUGAAUCUACGUCUAAGGUUUAGUUAUAAGCAUACGUUAUAUCAUUAUGAAAGCGUCAUUCUGGCUGCAUACCAAUGACUGAUCGACGGCAUAUAGCUCGUAAGCGUCACCAUUACUGUAGGUGUAGUACACACCACCCCCUGAAUGUUUUUGUAAAUAUUUUUAUAACAGACACGCAAGCCCACAACGAGAGCCCGCAAACGAGGCUACUGCAAGUAUUGUCCGUAUUAACGAUGUUGAUUAAACGUCUCGAUAAAAUGAUAA